AUGGCAAACCAUGACGAUUCUAAUACACAACACGAAAAUACGGAAAAUAUUAAUUUGAAUGAUGAUGAUCGUGUUCGUCGUCUUGGUUCAUCAAUUCUAAAUCUACUUCCAACUGAAAGAGCGUCGCAUCGUGAUCGACAAACUUUUCGUCAAGCAUUUGUUCAUUCUGCAGCUAUUCUAUUUGUUUUAGUAUGCGGUGCAUGUGCUCUACUUGCUUAUCGUGUAUUAGAACCAUUCCUUCGUAGUAUAUUAUGGUCAAUAUUAGCCGGUGCAUUUUUAUUUCCAUUUAAGAAUCAUUUAACAUCAACAGCACGUCAAAAUUUACGACAAUUAGAUACAGAUUCGCAUUUAUUAUUUUAUGGUUUAGUUAUACUUUUACCAUUACGAACAAUUGAUAGAACAAUUGAAUCGAUUGGUCCAUUAUUUAUACGUAAAUGGAAAGAAUUAUUAAUAAUUAUUAUAUUUUUACCAACAAUUGAAUUGCUGCAAACAGGUGUUGUUUAUCUUUGGGUAAUAUCAAUUACAGAUGAUAUUACAAGCAUAGUUGUAAAACUUGUUGAGUUUUUUGGUUCAAUAUGGAUAAGAACCUUGAUAACAACAUCUGUUAUUGCUUAUUUAAUAUCUGUUUUAACUAUUUAUGAUAGAUCACCAUCAAUUAAAAAAUCGCUUAAUGUGCUUGCUGUACCUGUUUGGUUUAUUUUAUUAAUAUAUUUUUCUCAAUUUCUUCCGGUUACUUAUCGAUUAAUUGUAAUUAUUCUAUCAAUUGUACUGACUGCCGUCGGUUUUAUUGUAGAUCUGAGAGAACAUUUUGAUCAAAAUACUGCUCAAUCAAAUUCUUCUGAUGAUAAUCAACCUCGUAAAUCAGUUUUCACUGAUGCAGUUAAUGUAUUUAAUCAAAUACGAGCAUAUUAUCAUAUUAAACGAGCUCAAGCUCAAUUAUCUGUUACAUCCAAUACAUCAGCAUUUUCUACACCUUAUUUUACAUUUGUACUUUGGUCUUUAGUAGCUAUUAAAGUUUAUCAAUUUUAUUGGUAUUUAAUAAUGAUUUUAUUUUUUGUCAUUAUUUAUAAAAUAAUAAAAUGUUUAUUAAUUAAAACAUAUUUUUAUUUAACAAGACAAGAAAGUGUUCAAAAUGUUAUUCAACAAAUAACUAAAUUUUUGCAAGAUAGACGUGAUGUUUUAACUCCAUCACCUUUACAUGGUCUUGUUCAUUUUCUUAUCAAAGGUGAUAAAAAAUUUAAUUAUGGUUUACAAGAAUCUAUUGAUUAUCUUGUCAGUGCAUUUAUGAUUGUUACAUUAUUUAUAAGUGUUCUGUUUGGUACAAUAUUACUUAUUAUCCAAAUUCAUCAAGAAAGUAUACAUAUGAUUAAAUUAACAAGUAAUCUUAUUAAUGAAACAAUUGUUCUUCAACCAUCAUUUCAACAUAUGUUACCAGAUCGAGAACAUAUGAGUCAAUUAAUGGAUACAGCAGUGAAUAAUUUUUAUCAUGUUGGAAGAACUUGGAUUGCUAAACAGAUCAAUGUAUUAGAUCAAGAUCAGACAACAAAUGCAAAACUAGAAGAAGACGUGUUACAAUUAUGGGAUCGUUUAUAUACGUAUAUGACAAAUGCAUCAACAUUAUUUUCACCCGGUAAAAAUCGUAGUUCUAUUAUGUAUUCAUCAACAAAUCAUUCAUUAUUAAUACCAAAUCUAUUUAGUCAAAUGCAAACAAAUUUUGAUUUUCAUAUCAAUGAUAUAUAUAGUUUAGUACGUGAUAAUCUUGGUUUAUUACGUACUGUUCUUGAUUCAAUUUGGACAAAUACAACACUUUUAUUAACAUUAUUAUCAACAAUAAUUUCAUUACUUUUUACGGGUGGUUUUGCAUUAUUUAAUUUUUUGGUUUCAUUUAUUGUUUUUGUUACAUUACUUUUCUAUUUACUUUCACAUUCGGAUCAACCGAUAUAUCGACCAACUGAAUGGUUAAAUAACACAUUAGCUGUUGGUGAAAAAGGUUUAGGUAAAGCUAUUAAUGAUGCAGUAACAAGUGUAUUUGUUGCAUCACUUAAAAUUGCUGCUUUUUAUGGUCUUUAUACUUAUGUAUUACAUACAAUAGUUAGUUCAAAUCUAGUUUUUUUACCAGCUGUUAUUGCAUCGAUAUGUGCUGUUACUUUAAAAUCAUAUUGGGCUGCAUUACCUGGAUGUCUUGAUUUAUGGCUUGUACAACAGCGACCGCUAGGUGCUCUACUUUUAUUACUCGGCCAAAUUAUACCAGUCUAUAUUGUUGAUACAGCUAUUUAUAGUGAAGUUAAAGGUGGUGGACAUCAAUAUUUAACAGCAUUAGCUAUUGCCGGUGGUGUGUAUUAUAGGGGUAUUGAAGGGGCAUUAAUUGGACCGAUUGUUUUAUGUUGUUUAUUGGUUGGUGUAAAAUUAUAUAAUGAAACAAUGGCUAAUACAUUAUCUUCAAAUCAUGAACAAGAACCUUCAACACCUUCAUUGAGCCAUACAACGAGGCCUAUUAUUCGUUCUCGUAGUUUACAAAGAAUGUCAGUAAAUUAG